AUGGCAUAUUUAUCAUUGCUUUCUCAGUACCAGUGGAUAACUUCUCCAUCGGUGAAGGAAACAUGCAAAGCUGCUAGACAGAAAAAGAGGACUAUAAUUUUGGGAAGUGGUCGAAAAGGAAAAGCUACUAUUAGAAUUGUUGCACAUUGCAGAAAAAUAGCUGGAAGAAGAAACAUGUUUUUCAGAUGUCCAGUGGAGCCCCAGAAUAGAAGCAAGAUGAAUAUUCCAUUCCACACUGGCAACACCAAAGGAGAUGAUGCUUUAGAAAAAAGAUUUCUCGACAAAGCUCUUGAACUCAAUAUGAUCUCCCUGAAAGGGCAUAGAGAACAGCAAAACAUCCACAGCUAUCCCAAGCUGUUGAAACUUAACCUUAAUUCUGACUUGAACUGGAAGCUUUUAAAAAGUCUUCUGUUGCUUUUCUACCAAAUUCUAGCUACUGUUCUCUUUGCUACUACUUCUUCUGCCUAGAUCUCAUAUUCAAAGCUGCCUAUGGGUUUAAGUAUAUGCAAAUUGCAAGUUGUUGUUUUUAGAGACAAACAGACACACAGCAUGGAGGGUGGGUGGGGCCCUAUAGGUGCUGAAUUUUGAUCCUUUGCAAGAUGACAGCAGUGGGGUCUUCUGGACUUUCUUUAUACGGUUAUUCUCAUCAAGCGAUAAAAGUGACUUACUAUAUGUUUAUAUAGCAAGGUCUGUUUUUAAUACCAAAUAGUUUAUAUCUCUAUGCAUUUAUAUCUCUGUGCCUUUAUAUUUCUAAUAAUUCGGUUCUUGUUGGUAUAUGUUGAGACUUUGAGAAUUUGUUAGGAUCCCUGACCUUGUGCAUUAGAGUGCUACGUUCUCAACAGUUGUGUGCCUCCCAUUCCCCCUCCCCUCUCCCUUUUUAAGCUGCUUCACAAGA